GUCAAGUAACAGGCAUCGAAUCUGUGUAUUUGUUAGACGAUAAGGUGAAAAGUACAUAAGGCGAAUGCAGUACAUUUCACGUAACUUAUACUUUCUGUGUAGAGGAGCGUCUCAAGUAAUAUGUCAGCAUAUCGCAGUUAAUAAACAAUUAUUCCGAAGAUUUACUGUUACCGCUAGGUUAGCCGACUUCAGUCAGUGGGGUACGAAUAAAAAAAUUCGAAAAGUGAAAAUAUAUAUUACACAGGACAUGUCAGAUCCAAAGAUUGAAGAAAUCUUGUCACCUCUGCGACACAAUGUUAAAGAACAAGGAGACCAUGUUCGAAAGCUUAAAUCUGACAGAGCUCCAGAAUUGGAUAUAAAAAAAGCAGUUGCUGAGCUUAAAAUUCGAAAGAAAUUAUUGGAAGAAAAAGAGCUAUAUCUUUCAGAAGCAACAAUGUUUGAUAGAGCAAGAAUGGAAGAUCUUUUAAAACGUAGAUUUUUCUUUGAUCAAUCUUUUGCAAUUUAUGGCGGAAUUACUGGUCAAUUUGACUUUGGCCCUAUGGGUUGUGCAUUAAAAACGAAUUUGUUAAAUGCAUGGAGAAAUUUCUUCGUGUUAGAAGAACAAAUGUUAGAAGUAGAUUGUUCUAUUUUAACACCAGAACCUAUACUUAAAGCAUCUGGACAUGUAGAAAGAUUUGCAGACUUAAUGGUGAAAGAUGUUAAAACUGGAGAAUGUUUCAGGUUAGAUCACUUAAUUAAAUCAUAUUUAGAAAAAGUGAUUAGUGAUAAAAAAUCUAAUGAAAAUACACGUUUGGAAUGUAAAGAUAUUAUAGUUAAACUGGAUGGAAUGACAAAAGAUGAAAUGGCUGCAGUUGUAUCUAAAUUCAGUAUAAAAUCCCCCAUCUCUGGGAAUGAUUUAACAGAACCAAUAGAAUUUAAUUUAAUGUUUGCAACUCAGAUUGGUCCUUCUGGAGUUGUGAAAGGAUUUCUGAGACCAGAAACUGCACAGGGCAUUUUUGUAAAUUUUAAGAGGCUACUUGCCUUUAAUCAAGAAAGAUUGCCAUUUGCAGCAGCUCAAAUUGGAAAUGCAUUCCGUAAUGAAAUUUCUCCAAGAUCUGGAUUACUAAGAGUAAGGGAGUUUACUAUGGCAGAAAUAGAACAUUUUUGUGAUCCUAAUGAUAAAAAUCAUUCAAAAUUUGAAACAGUUAAAGAUUUAAGCAUAUUAUUUGAUGCUGUGUUAACAAAACUUAUAGCCAAUGAAACAUUAGGAUAUUUUAUGGGUAGAAUUUAUUUAUUUUUAAUUAAAGUUGGAGUUGAUCCAAAAAAAUUACGUUUUCGUCAACACAUGGGAAAUGAAAUGGCUCAUUAUGCAUGUGAUUGUUGGGAUGCUGAAUGUUUAACUUCUUAUGGUUGGAUAGAAUGUGUUGGUUGUGCAGAUCGUUCUGCUUAUGAUCUUACACAACAUACAAAAGCAACUGGAGUAAAACUAGCAGCAGAAAAAAAAUUGCCAGUACCAAAAAAUGUCGAUGUAUGUGAAAUAGUACCAAAUAAAGUUAUCAUUGGUAAAACAUUUAAGAAAGAUAGUAAAUUAGUUCAAGAUGCUUUAGCAGCAUUAAGUGGGAGUAACAUUGAUGCUAUGGAAAUUGAAGUUAAUGAAAAUGGAGAAUCUGAAUUAAAGCUUUCUAAUGACGUUGUAGUAAAAAUCACAAAAGAUAUGAUCCAAGUAAAACGAUAUCAAAAAACUGUACAUGUUGAAGAAAUAAUUCCUUCUGUAAUUGAACCAUCUUUCGGUAUUGGCCGUAUUAUGUAUGCUAUCUUUGAACAUAACUUUAGAGCACGGGAAGGAGACGAAAAACGAACUUACUUCAGCUUACCACCAAUUGUGGCUCCUUUAAAAUGUUCAGUGUUACCACUUAGUGGUAACGAUGAAUUUGUACCAUUUGCAAAAGAAUUAUCUCAGAAUCUGACGAAAGUAGAUGUUUCGCAUAAAGUAGACGAUUCUUCUGGCAGUAUUGGACGUAGAUAUGCACGAACGGAUGAGAUUGCAAUACCGUUUGGUAUCACCAUAGAUUUUGAUACCUUGAAAAAGCCUCAUAGCGCUACACUCCGUGAACGGGAUAGUAUGGGCCAAGUGAGAAUAAGCUUGGACGAAAUUCCGUGUGUUGUAAGAGACUUAUCUAAUGGCAAACUUACAUGGUCAGAAGUUGCCGAAAAAUAUCCCGCAUUUGAACAGCAAGAAUCAGCAGAAGCAUAGUAAUGCAUUUGAUAAUUUAAAUAAGUAACUUAUUUGCAAU